AUGGAAAAGCUCCUCGUGUUUAUCUCCUUAAUCUACCAAGCCAAUGCGCUGGUGAGGCCAGACGGAGUCGGCCGCCUCCCAGCUCUAGGCUGGAGCUCGUGGAACGCCUACGAGUGCGACAUCAACGCAUCCGUCAUUCUAUCGGCGGCAGAACAGGUCGUCGAGCUCGGGCUGAAGGACUUGAGCUAUGAAUACAUCAACAUUGACGACUGUUGGUCCGUCAAAACCCACCGCGACCCAACCACAAACCGCAUGAUCCCCGACCCCGAGCGUUUCCCAGGCGGAAUUGCGGGCGUGGCUUCCCAGAUCCACGAUCUCGGUCUCAAGGUCGGCAUAUAUAGCAGUGCGGGCGAAACGACAUGCGCCGGGUACCCAGCUAGUCUGGGAUACGAGGAUAUUGAUGCAGAGACGUUUGCUGAGUGGGGGAUUGACUACCUCAAAUACGACGACUGCGGCGUCCCAUCCACCUGGGCCGACCCCUACACCUCCUGCAUCCCCGACACAGCCAACAACGCCGGCCCCUUCCCCAACGGAACCUGUCCCAAUCUCGCCAACCCAGCACCAAAGGGAUACAACUGGGACUCCUCCCCCAGCGCAACCCGCUUCCGGCGCAUGCGUGACGCCCUCGAAGCCCAAAACCAAGACCGCGUCAUCCUGUACUCCCUCUGCAACUGGGGCAAUGCGGCGGUAAACACCUGGGCCGCGGACGUCGGGAACUCGUGGCGGGUUAGCGGGGACAUCUCGCCUGGUCGGGGCGAGGUCGGUGCGGAGCGAGUCAGGAUCGCGACGUGGGAGCGCAUCGCGGAGAUCGCUAAUGAGAUGAGCUUCCUUGUUAGAGACUACGCCGGGUUCUGGGGGUGGCCGGAUGCUGAUAUGCUUGAGGUGGGGAAUGGGGAGGGGGACAUGACGGUCGCGGAGAAUAGAGCGCAUUUUGCGCUUUGGGCGGGGAUGAGGAGUCCGUUGCUUAUUGGGACGAGGCUGGAAACCAUCAAAGAAGAACACCUCGCCAUCCUCAAGAACCCAACCCUCCUAACCUUCCACCAAGACCCGCACACCAACCGCCCCGCCUACCCCUACAAAUGGGGCCACAACGCCGACUACACCUUCGACGCCGCGCACCCAGCAGAGUACUGGUCUGGGCCGUCGGCCGCGUUAGACGGGACGCUGGUACUCAUGCUUAACUCGGAGAAUGUGACGAGCACGCGCACGGCCGUUUGGGGCGAGGUCCCGGAGUUACGAGACGCGCAGCGGGGGCAUGAGGAAGGAUAUGCGUUUGAGGUCGUGGAUGGCUGGACGGGCGAGGAGUUUGGAUGCGUGGAGGGAGGGCUUGAGGUUGAGCUUGAGGCUCAUGAUAUGGCUGUUUUGGUUGUUGGGGGUGCUUGUUAG